AUGACCUCCAUCACCGUCCUAUACUUUGCAGCCGCGUCGACAGAAACCGGGUUGACAGUCGAAAAGGUUCCUAUACCCACGCAAGGGCUAGCGUUGUCGUCACUUCCGGGUCUCCUUGUUUCACGACAUCCUGGCACUAAUCUUGAACAAGUCUUCCAGACAAGCCAAUGGAGCGUAGACGCGGAAAUGGUCGAAGAUCCAACGACAGUCACACUGAGGGGUGGCGAAGAAGUUGCCGUUAUUUGUCCCGUCUCUGGAGGGUAGCUGGUGCGUAGCAUAAACCUGUGCUGCGCUCAAGUUGACUGUUGACAAAAGCGGUGGCCCCCCAGCCAACCAGGGACUUGGCCCGCAACCGAUCUUUCCCCAUCGUCGAGUACAGGCCAAGGAGUUAUGAUAGAUCCC